GUUUCAUCACUCGGGCUUGGGAGAGGCAAGCUGAGAGCAGCACCGCAUCGUUUAGAGGAAAAGAACUGCUAAAGGAAGAGGACUGUGAGAUUCUGACGUAAGAUGUGGGCCCCAUUCGCCCUUCUGCUGCUGCUUGUGGCUGCGAGGACUGACGGCGCAUAUUAUUCAUCUCGAUAUACAUAUACAUCUAGAUCAGUUAACUACCAACAAUUCGCUGGGGUAAUUGGCUUUACGUAUCGCCAUGGCGACUGUCCCGGAAAUGACAUUAGCGCGAUGACCUACAUGAAUCUGCAGAGCUGCGGUAACCGUUGUAAGACAACCAGUGGCUGCGUGGCUUUCCUGUGGAAUGAAGACAAUCACUGCUAUGUUAAGAGAAAAAGCUGCCCACGCAUAGACACGAGAAACUCGAAGGAUCAUUUCUUUGAUAAAAUGUCUUCUGCUUCGCCGCCCCAAACCCCAGCGACUGAUAUCAUGAUCCUUGUCGAGUCGUCUAGGCUCAUGGGCGCCACCAACUUCGCCAAGGCCAAAACGUAUGUGGUGAGCUUCAUCAACGCCCUCAACGUUGGUACAAGCAACGACCGGGUCAUCAUGGCGUCAUUUGCAAAAUCGCUGUACACCCGUAACGUGCCCGAUUCGAUUAUGAGGAAGGACAUCGUAGCAGAUCAGGUUCAAUAUUUGACAAACUAUGGGGGAAGUGAGCUGUCCAUCAAAUACAUCCUUCGGAGCAGCCAAAGCUACUUGUACUCACAGAUCCAUCGCGGUAGCACCCCUGCCGAUCUGGUCAUCGUCGGCUCAGGCAAAAAGGGAGGCUCAGACAAGGACUCUGAGAUUACGGAGCAGAUCAACUGGUGGUGGGCUAGGGGUGUCAAGGUGUACUACGUCAGCGCUGGCACAAUUGAUAGAGCGGCAAUUGGAAAGUUUGUCUUGUCUCAGAAUAUCUUCGAGAUGUGGAGGACUUCUGUUAACACUAUUGUAAGCAGUAUAAGAAAAGAUGUCGCAUGCGGAGCAAAUAAAAUCAGCCAAUCCGGAAGAUGUAUCACAUUCAAUCCUUGCGCACUUCAAGUUUGCGCUGCAAACGCCAGAUGUGUCACCUCGGGUUUAGGAUUCACCUGUAGGUGUGACACGGGAUUGAUUUAUGUGCAAGACUAUGGCUGUCAAGCUAAGAAAUAUCUGGACCUUGCCUUCAUCGUCGACGUAUCCAGUGGCGUCUCCACCUCGAGCAUGCAGAAGACGAAAGACUUCAUGAAGGGACUUCUCAACGGCUUCUACGUCACGUCCACCUACGUUAGAGUCAGCAUUGUCUUCUAUAAUAACGAGGUCCCUCUUAUUUUUUACUUCAACCAAGGUUACAACCGGGCCAAUAUUUACAACGUCAUUGACAGGAUGGCAUCCUACAGGGGCGGCAACAGCGAUGCACUCACCUAUGUCCUUAAAAACAUCCAGAGCAUCGUUUUCAACCCAAGCCGAGGGUCAAGGUCAAGUGUACCCCACGUGGCUUAUUUGUUUACAUCCGGAAGCAUUAGCAGUGCCCACCUUAUCCAGGUCAAGCUCGAGCUUUCCAACCUGUACAAGCUUGGCAUCACCAUGCCAAUCCUGACGACUGGUAGCACCAGGAUCAGUACAGAAGUCUCCCGUGUCUUCUCCGUGUUUUUCUCCGUCAUCGACCUUUACCGCGUCACAAACAUCAACACUGUCAUCACCCGGUACAUCACAAAUACAGUCCAGGGUAUUUCUUGCCAGAAAGGAACAGCUCCGGACAGCAAAGGAGUGUGCCAGGAUGUCAAUGAGUGUACCAAGUUCCAAGGUAUCUGUGGUGACAGUUCAACAUGCACGAACACACAUAAGUCCUACUCGUGUAGCUGCCCAGGAUCAGGAAGGAGUUACGUACAGGGACAAGGAUGCCUUGUAAGAACUGUAAUGGAUCUCGUCAUCGCCCUCGACAACUCCAACAAGGUCUCGGCAGCCGACUUCAACGCCAACAAACUGGCAGCUAUCGACCUCGUCAAGAAUCUGGACAUCAGUGCCAGUUACGUGAAGGUGUACGUCGCAGCGUUUGGUCACUACUUCUACGUUUAUUGGAAACUGGCAUUAACCCAAAGUAGAGACCAUGCUAUUGCUGCUAUCACCGCCAUACCCUACAAAGGAACAGCCAUGAACUUUUACUCUGCGCUGUAUAACAUUCAAGAGUCAGCUUUUCAAGGCGCCAGAAGCAACGCAAAUCAAGUUGUUCUCUUCAUCGGUUCAGGACAAGUCGGGUCCAACUACGAAUCAUACAUAAUCCAGGUGGGGCGUCAAUUGAUAGGACGAGGUGUCAACAUGAUCAUGGUGGCAGGCAGCACGCCCAGUCCGGUCAUUUCGAAGAUAAUGAUGGCGGAGAACAUCAUGAAACGAACGACUUCGACGGGUAUUGUCACGACAAUUCUUACGAAGGUCUUAAACAGUGUUUCCUGUUCCCGGGGUCAGUACAGAGUCGGGUCGACGUGCAAGUCCUUCAAUAUCUGCUCUCUACGUGGUGUCUGUGGCGGAAAUGCAGUCUGCCAGACAACAUCCGCCAGUACUUUCACGUGCAAAUGUAGCACAAACUUCAGAUAUGGCGGAGCUGAAGUCGGAUGUCAAGCCUCGACUCCGAUGGACAUUGUCUUCCUGGUCGACGUCUCAGAUAGCAUGGGACGAACCAACCUCGAGAAGGCGAAGGAGUUUCUAAGAGACUUCCUAAAGUCUUCUUACAUCAACAGCGACUUCAUCAGAGUGGUCAUCUUGGGAUAUUCGAGGAGUUACGUGACACCCUUCCAACUCUUCACUUCACACCAAUCCAGUUCGAACGCCGUCAAUGCCGUCAAUUCCAUCAGCAUCGUCCCGGGUUCGCCAGGAAACCUGCUAUAUGGUCUCCAACAGGCCCUUGCGCAGUUUACGCCUCAGAAGGGUGCGAGGUCCUCCGCUCCAAAGUCACUCUACCUCAUAUCGAGUGGUGUCAUAGACGUUAACACCAUGCCACAGAUUAGGAUUGAACUCACGAAGCUUCGCGAGAUCGGCGUCAGCGUCCCUGUGACGACUGUAGGUACAAGCAUCAACAUCAACAUCAUGAGAGAAAUAGCCUACCCAUUUCAAUUAGUGGACAUCACCAAGACCACGAUCACACAGAUUAGCAGCAUUGUCAUCAAUAUUGUUACCACUGCUGUCAGUAAUGCCAAGUGCGACCUUGGCUACUACUUCAAUGGAAGAGUGUGCACUGAUGUGAAUGAGUGCACACAAAACUCGUGUGGACAGGGAGUCAUCUGCACCAACACUAUUGGCAGCUUUAGAUGUUCGUGUUCCGGGGGACGAGAACCGACGAAGGAACAUGGCUGCAGAGCUGGAGAACGACUCGAUGUUGUCUUCCUCAUCGAUGCCUCCGAUGACAUGGGAACCGCCAAUUUAGGCAAAGUCAAACAAUUUCUCAUCGGUUUCGUGGAGAACAGCGUCAUUAGCAACUCUUACACAAAGAUUGCUCUAAUGACCUACACGAGUCGUGGGCUGAAAAGCUAUCAGUCCCUUACAUCCGUGCAAACCGAGUCCAUGACCAAAACUGCAAUAAACCGUUUAACCUACGUGCGAGGAAAGGUCCAAAACUUCCCGCAGCUCCUGAAUAUAGCCAAACAGCUAUUCACCAAACCUGGAAAUGGAGCCAGACCUGGAGUGCCAAAGGUCCUUUAUCUCAUCUCAAGCGGAAUGUUUGAUACUGCCUAUCUACCACAGAUAAAGAUUGAGUUGGCUGGCCUCCGUGAUAUUGGAAUCAACAUCCCCAUCACUACAGUCGGCACGCACGUCAACAUCAACAUCAUGAACCAGCUAGCCUACCCCAACACUGUGACUGACAUCACGCGGAUCACAACCACACAGAUCACCAACAUCGUCACCAACAUCAUCACGACUGUUAGCAACAACGCCAAAUGUCCAAAGGGACAUUAUUCCAAAGGAGGAAAGUGUGUCGAUAUUGAUGAAUGUAUUAUGAGACCAUGUCCCCCAGUUGCCAAAUGUACGAACAUGAUCGGGAGUUACAAAUGCUCAUGCGCAGAAGGUUUCAAGCUUACCACUGGCGGAUGCAUAGAUAUCAACGAGUGUCUGACGAAUCCGUGCAAACAGGGGGCAACGUGUGAGAACACUGACGGGUCACACAAGUGCAACUGCCAGCCAGGCCGUCGGUACAACCAUUUGAAGGGAUGUGUAGAUAUUGAUGAAUGCCUGACGAAUCCGUGCAAACGGGGGGCAACGUGUGAGAACACUGACGGGUCACACAAGUGCAACUGCCAGCCAGGCUUUCGGUACAACCAUUUGAAGGGAUGUGUAGAUAUUGAUGAAUGUCUGACGAAUCCAUGUAAACAGGGGGCAACGUGUGAGAACACUGACGGGUCACACAAGUGCAACUGCCAGCCAGGCCGUCGGUACAACCAUUUGAAGGGAUGUGUAGAUAUUGAUGAAUGUCUGACGAAUCCGUGCAAACGGGGGGCAACGUGUGAGAACACUGACGGGUCACACAAGUGCAACUGCCAGCCAGGCUUUCGGUACAACCAUUUGAAGGGAUGUGUAGAUAUUGAUGAAUGUCUGACAAAUCCAUGUAAACAGGGGGCAACGUGUGAGAACACUGACGGGUCACACAAGUGCAACUGCCAGCCAGGCCGUCGGUACAACCACUUGAAGGGAUGUGUAGAUAUUGAUGAAUGUCUGACGAAUCCGUGCAAACAGGGGGCAACGUGUGAGAACACUGACGGGUCACACAAGUGCAACUGCCAGCCAGGCUUUCGGUACAACCAUUUGAAGGGAUGUGUAGAUAUUGAUGAAUGUCUGACGAAUCCGUGCAAACAGGGGGCAACGUGUGAGAACACUGACGGGUCACACAAGUGCAACUGCCAGCCAGGCUUUCGGUACAACCAUUUGAAGGGAUGUGUAGAUAUUGAUGAAUGUCUGACGAAUCCGUGCAAACGGGGGGCAACGUGUGAGAACACUGACGGGUCACACAAGUGCAACUGCCAGCCAGGCUUUCGGUACAACCAUUUGAAGGGAUGUGUAGAUAUUGAUGAAUGUCUGACGAAUCCAUGUAAACAGGGGGCAACGUGUGAGAACACUGACGGGUCACACAAGUGCAACUGCCAGCCAGGCUUUCGGUACAACCAUUUGAAGGGAUGUGUAGAUAUUGAUGAAUGUCUGACGAAUCCAUGUAAACAGGGGGCAACGUGUGAGAACACUGACGGGUCACACAAGUGCAACUGCCAGCCAGGCCGUCGGUACAACCACUUGAAGGGAUGUGUAGAUAUUGAUGAAUGUCUGACGAAUCCGUGCAAACAGGGGGCAACGUGUGAGAACACUGACGGGUCACACAAGUGCAACUGCCAGCCAGGCUUUCGGUACAACCAUUUGAAGGGAUGUGUAGAUAUUGAUGAAUGUCUGACGAAUCCGUGCAAACAGGGGGCAACGUGUGAGAACACUGACGGGUCACACAAGUGCAACUGCCAGCCAGGCUUUCGGUACAACCAUUUGAAGGGAUGUGUAGAUAUUGAUGAAUGCCUGACGAAUCCGUGCAAACGGGGGGCAACGUGUGAGAACACUGACGGGUCACACAAGUGCAACUGCCAGCCAGGCUUUCGGUACAACCAUUUGAAGGGAUGUGUAGAUAUUGAUGAAUGUCUGACGAAUCCAUGUAAACAGGGGGCAACGUGUGAGAACACUGACGGGUCACACAAGUGCAACUGCCAGCCAGGCCGUCGGUACAACCACUUGAAGGGAUGUGUAGAUAUUGAUGAAUGUCUGACGAAUCCGUGCAAACAGGGGGCAACGUGUGAGAACACUGACGGGUCACACAAGUGCAACUGCCAGCCAGGCUUUCGGUACAACCAUUUGAAGGGAUGUGUAGAUAUUGAUGAAUGUCUGACGAAUCCGUGCAAACAGGGGGCAACGUGUGAGAACACUGACGGGUCACACAAGUGCAACUGCCAGCCAGGCUUUCGGUACAACCAUUUGAAGGGAUGUGUAGAUAUUGAUGAAUGUCUGACGAAUCCGUGCAAACGGGGGGCAACGUGUGAGAACACUGACGGGUCACACAAGUGCAACUGCCAGCCAGGCUUUCGGUACAACCAUUUGAAGGGAUGUGUAGAUAUUGAUGAAUGUCUGACGAAUCCAUGCAAACAGGGGGCAACGUGUGAGAACACUGACGGGUCACACAAGUGCAACUGCCAGCCAGGCCGUCGGUACAACCACUUGAAGGGAUGUGUAGAUAUUGAUGAAUGUCUGACGAAUCCGUGCAAACAGGGGGCAAUGUGUGAGAACACUGACGGGUCACACAAGUGCAACUGCCAGCCAGGCUUUCGGUACAACCAUUUGAAGGGAUGUGUAGAUAUUGAUGAAUGUCUGACGAAUCCGUGCAAACAGGGGGCAACGUGUGAGAACACUGACGGGUCACACAAGUGCAACUGCCAGCCAGGCUUUCGGUACAACCAUUUGAAGGGAUGUGUAGAUAUUGAUGAAUGUCUGACGAAUCCGUGCAAACGGGGGGCAACGUGUGAGAACACUGACGGGUCACACAAGUGCAACUGCCAGCCAGGCUUUCGGUACAACCAUUUGAAGGGAUGUGUAGAUAUUGAUGAAUGUCUGACGAAUCCAUGUAAACAGGGGGCAACGUGUGAGAACACUGACGGGUCACACAAGUGCAACUGCCAGCCAGGCCGUCGGUACAACCACUUGAAGGGAUGUGUAGAUAUUGAUGAAUGUCUGACGAAUCCGUGCAAACAGGGGGCAACGUGUGAGAACACUGACGGGUCACACAAGUGCAACUGCCAGCCAGGCUUUCGGUACAACCAUUUGAAGGGAUGUGUAGAUAUUGAUGAAUGUCUGACGAAUCCGUGCAAACAGGGGGCAACGUGUGAGAACACUGACGGGUCACACAAGUGCAACUGCCAGGAUGGUUUCACCUAUGAUGCAGUCAAAGGUUGCGUAGAUAUCGAUGAAUGCCUAGUGAAGACGACAUGUCCGGGCAAGUCUGUUUGUGUCAACAAACCCGGGUCCUUUGAAUGCAGUUGUGAGACUGGUUUUAGUUACGUUAGUACCAGUACCAUUGGGUGUCGAGCUGCGAAGAAACUUGAUGCUGUUUUCGUGGUCGAGGUUUCAACCAAUGUCAACGAGAUUCAACUGACGAGAUUCAAGGAAAUAAUCAGCGAAACAAUAGAACAGUUCCGCAUACACAAAGACUACGUCAGAGUGGGCAUCAUGACUUAUGCUGCCCGACCGAAAGGUGUCGUCUUCCUCAGUGAUUUCAAAUCACAGGGCGAAUUGGCAUUGGUUGUGAAGAGCCUGCAACUAGAUGACAGCACUCCCGAUGUGGUGAAUGCGCUGAUGUUCCUGAAGGACAAGAUGUUCAACAAGGUCUCGGGCGCUAGGGAUGGUGUAUCCAGGGAGGUGUUCUAUCUUACUAGUGGCAAGGUCCCCAAAACACAAAUUGACCAGGUUCAGAUAUUCAUACAACAAAUUCACGAGAUCAACAUUGGUAUCAAUACAAUAACCACAGGAAAAGACUUUAACCUUGAUUUCGUCCAAACUUUGAGCUUCCCAAGAACUGUCACCACCAUCUAUGAUAUCAAAAAUUUGGACAUCUUCCUUAACACAAUCAUCGUUAAUGUCGUGGGACAAACUUCGUGUAAGAGUGGUCACCAAUUCAAGGAUGGAAAAUGUGUAGAUAUUGAUGAGUGUCUAAACAAAUUUGCAUGCGGAGCCCACGCAACUUGUUCAAACAAACCUGGCACCUUCGUCUGCACGUGUCCGAAAGGAUACAGACACGACAUCAGUCGAGGUUGCAUCGCGGAGAAGUGCAUGGACGCGGUCUUCCUCGUUGACGGCUCAGAUAACAUGGGUAAAGUCGAGUACGCAAAAGCCAUGGAUUUCAUCCAAAACUUCGUCAAAGGUCUAGCCAUAGGACCAGAAGACGUCAGGGUAGCAAUUGCCGUAGCCUACGGAAACAGCCUAACGGGUCAGCUGAAACUCAACCAACACCAAAGCUACGAGGCUGUGAUGAGUGUGGUCUCGCAGCUGAAGUUCCCCGGCGGUGAACAGAACCUUGUCGGGGCUCUGGAUAAGCUUCACAAAGACAUCCUUGUGAAGGAGAACGGUGCAAGAGAGGACACACCCAGGAUUCUGUUCUUGUUGACGAACGGGAAGAUCGAGGCUGGUACGACGGAAAUAGCAGUUGAGAUCGAGCACCUCCGAACAGCCAACGUACGCACCUUCACCAUCAUGACCUCACCGAUAUUUUCGCAAACAGAAGUCAUCCAGAUACUCAGCUUCCCACUCGGAGCCAUUUCAAUGAAGGAUAUCGAACUCAGGAUGUUCAGCUUUACAACGACUGUAGUUGAAGGUUUGAGCUGUACAAAAGGAUAUCACCCUCAAGAUGGACAGUGCGUCGACGACAAUGAGUGCUUCAUGCCAAAGAUCUGUGCUGAUGAUUCCCAAUGUGAAAACCGGCCGGGAUCGUUUGUUUGUAAAUGCGACGAAGGUUACAUAUAUGAUAAACGAGGUUGUCUGGCUAAAAUGACGAUGGACCUGGCACUAGUUGUCGAAAACUCCGACAGGAUGACCACCAAAUCUUUUGAAGCUGCCAAAGUUUUGGUAAAAAGUAUGGUUAACGACUUCAGCAUAGACGCCGAGAAUGUCCACGUCGCCAUAGCAAACAUAUUCGGUACCAGUUUCAUGACCAACCUUCGCCUGAACUCGACCCAGAACUGGGCGCAGGUUGUGGCUGCAACUGAUUCCAUUGAGUUCAAGGGAACUCCAAACACAGAUCUGGCCCUUCAAUUGGAGAGGAGUUAUGAGUUACUUCUGGCUGAAGAAGUUGGCGGAAGGAAAGAUGUCAAGAGGUCGAUAGUGAUAGUGCUAGCCGAGUCCCUGACGGGAGAGCCAGCGGAACAGUUCCAAGCAACUCUGACCAAAAUCAGAAAGCUCGGCGUUAGAGUGUACAGUGUGGAGAUUAAUCAAAAUCCCUCUACGAAGCCUCAAAGUGACGCCGAGAUACCAGCAGGGAGCUUUGUCAUUACUGAUAUAAAGUUCGUGGAGAGAUAUGCCAUUUCUGUGGUCAAGAGCAUUGUUGGAGAUCGUAAAUGUAAACCCGGAUACCACAUGUUCCAAAGGAAAUGCCAGGACAUCAAUGAAUGCCAGUUCCUUGGUAUCUGCCGCGGAGAGGCCCAAUGUCAUAAUGCCAAGGCAAGCUAUGAAUGUACCUGUCACGAGGAAUUUGUAUAUGACCCAGUGGUUGGGUGUGUUAUUGAUGGCAAACUCGACCUCAUCUUCGCCAUCGACGGCUCAGACGCCAUGGGAGCUGCUAACUUUGACAAGGCCAAGAAGCUGAUGGCCCAUGUUGUCAGUCAUAUGAGACUCGGGCCAGAGAGUAUCAACUUUGUGAUCGUUGUUUACAACAAGGAAAACACGUUUUCUAUUGUUGAGGCUCAGCAAGGUUCAUCCAACGCCCUCUCCGCCCGAGCAGUCCAGAGGAUGAAGUAUCCUGGCGGCGCACCAGAUCUAUCCACCGUGCUGUAUGGUCUAAAAGAACACGUGUUCCUUGCCAAGUACGGCAUGAGGGUAGGCGUUGCCAAGGCCGUAUUGGUCCUCAGCAGCGGAAGCUUCACCGACAAGACCGAAGCAGCAGUGGCGGCGAUGGAAGUCCAACAAUCCGGUGUACUUGUUUACAGCGUGAUUUUCAAUGAGAAGAAGUACACCGAUUGUUCUGGAAUGUUCUAUGGUGGAUUCACGUUCAAGCUGACGACAUUUAGUAUUCAUACAUUCCUCAUUAGAGUGGUGGCAAACUCGCUGUGCAAAAAUGGCUUCAAGUCCGUGAAUGGCAAUUGUGUGGAUAUUGACGAGUGCCAACUGGAUGGCUUAUGCGAGGCGGGCUCCACUUGUGAGAAUAUCGCCGGGUCCUACGAGUGCACAUGUCCCUCCGGCUACAGCUAUGAAAAAGGCCAAGGGUGUUCCAAAUCGUCUUACGUUGGAAUUGGGGGCGGUACGGUUGUAACAACCUGUAAGAUGAACGGCAAGUCAUACCAGCUCGGUGCACAGUGGGUGGAAGACUGUGUGACGUAUGUCUGCGCGGGAGCUGCAGGACCAGUCAGCAUUGGAAUAAAGUGUCGCGGUUCUGACGGAAAAUGUUACGGAUUGGGCGUAGAUCACCCAUUCUAUGACACCAAGGCAAAGGAGGAUGUCAUCUGUUCUUGUGCCCAAUCACCUCAAGGCCUCAAGAGGAGUUGCCGCACCGCCAAGAAGUAG